CGAGGACCCUCGCUCUGACUCAAAAUGGCUGGAUUAGCAUUUUAGACCUACAACAUACCCAGAUACUCUGCCCGCCCCCUCGAUCAUUUUCCGCCCAUCUACAACUCACGGUCGACAAUAUGGCGUCGUCUGGCGAUCUCCCUUCGGAGAUCCUCCUUGCAUUGUCCAAGUCCGACCCGAUCCUGUCCCAAGAAGGCUUCCCCGACCGCGCCUUCGCAGAAAUCAAGGCAGCACUCGACAAACUUGCCUCACGGUCUAUGGUUACCUACCAAACGAUAGAGAAGGACGAAGCGAUCCUUGAGCCCGAGGCAGAGGGAAUCGUCAAGAAUGGGAGUCACGAGGCAAGAGUCUUUGAAGCGCUGCGACAGGCUGUUGAGGGCCUCUCGGUCCAGGACCUCGAGAAGGCCAUUGGUGACAAGAACGUCACCAAGAUGGGCCAGGGCAAAGCCUUCAAGGAGAAAUGGAUCACCAAAACCGGCGAUGGCAAGCUCAAGGCCUCUGCCGACUCGAUCAAGGACACGACGAGGGAACAGCUCGAGACUAUUGCAAAGACAAAAACCUUCCCCGACGCCAAAAUUCUCAACGAUCUGAAGAAGCGGAAGCUGGUCAAGAUGCAGAAGGUCAUCCACUUUAGGAUACAAAAGGGCGAGAAGUUUGCACUGGAGAUCACCAAGGAGGAGACAGACCUCACGGCGGACAUGCUGCAAUCUGGCGCGUGGAAGACUGCAACCUUCAAACCAUACAACUUCAAGGCACUAGGGGCGGACCAGCGAGCGGGAGCUCUGCACCCGCUGAACAAGGUGCGGGCCGAGUUCAGGCAGAUCUUCUUCGACAUGGGCUUCCAGGAGAUGCCGACCAGCAAGUUCGUCGAGUCCGGCUUCUGGAACUUCGAUGCGCUAUUCGUGCCGCAGCAACAUCCUGCCCGAGACCUGCAGGACACCUUCUACAUCUCGGAUCCUAAACAGGCAGAUCUUCCCCGGGCGACGGGCCCAGACGACACGGCCGACUACAAGACGUACGUGGAGAAUAUCAAGGCGGUGCACGAGAACGGAAAGUUCGGUUCCAUUGGCUACAGAUACCCAUGGUCGGAGGAGGAGUCGAAGAGGCUGGUCCUGCGGACACACACGACCGCCAUCUCGACAGCCGUGCUGCACAAGCUGGCCCAACAAAAGGGCCCCGACGGACGGCCACCGCCAGCGAAAUAUUUCUCGAUCGACAGGGUGUUCAGGAACGAAUCAGUGGACGCGACUCACUUAGCAGAGUUCCACCAGGUUGAGGGUGUCGUCGCCGACUACGGACUGACACUGGGCGGCCUGAUGUCCUUCAUGGAGGACUUCUUCAAGAGGAUGGGCAUCACAGACCUGAAGUUCAAGCCUGCCUACAACCCCUACACCGAGCCCAGCAUGGAGAUCUUCAGCUACCACAAGGGCCUGAACAAGAUCGUGGAAAUCGGCAACAGCGGUAUGUUCCGGCCCGAGAUGCUGGAGCCCAUGGGCCUGCCCAAGGACAUGCGGGUAUACGGCUUCGGACUGAGUCUGGAGAGGCCGACCAUGAUCAAGUACGGCAUCUCGAACAUCCGUGAGCUGCUCGGACACAAGGUGGACCUCAACUUCAUCGAGCGGAAUCCGGCUGUUCGUUUCUAGAUGGAUGUGGGAACCGGGCGCGGCAGCAUCAGAUGUAGAAAUUUCCAAGAAAUCACGAGUGCAUGUCACAAGAGAUGAAAACACUGGGCUAGAGGAUUGUGAAGAACAAAAAGUCUGGAGUCUGGCUCCGUGUCGAUUACAUUUCUCUAAACUUUUGGCAAACAUGACCUUUGAGAACCCUCAAGCAACCCUGGAGCAUCUUUACGCCAUGGCCGCAGCAGCCUCCCUAAAGGUGCCAACCAGACUUGUCCUGUCAUCGGCCCUGAUGUGUGUGAAAUCCCCGGGCGAGGGCGCGUCGUCGUCGUCGUCCGUAGAAAGCGAGCUGCCGACAGAGGCACAGGUGGCGUUGCUGCUGACCUUGGUGAGCAGGAACUGGUACUGUGCCUGACGGUCUCGCGCGACGGCUGGUUGAUGCUGGGGGUAGGCGCCGGGUGUUGUUGUGUCAUAUACAUCCAUCAUGCCGUCCGAGGUGCGGGCGACGACCCGCUGCAGGGCCUCAGUCUCGCGCUGAGCGCGUGCAGGGUCAGUGUGCGGUGCCAUCUGUGGCUCCGCAAAGCUGCCGUAGUGCAUCCCGUUGGGGACGCUAAAGAGCAGUGGCCCGGACUCAACCUCGUCCUGCUCGACAGGAUCCUGUGGUUGGCCGCCGCCCAGGCAUGAUGCGCAUAUACCCAUGAUACGGUAUGGUAUGGUAUGGUAUGGUACGUGCUGCUCUGUAUGGAUGCGCGCGAGAAGGGAAGGCGGGAAAUAUACAAAGAAAAUAGCGUUGGUGCGGGUUGGCGCGUAUACGGCGUGUACGGAGCAGGAGAGCGUGUAUUUCGGAGGGAGGUGGUCAAAUCUGGUAUCCCAACGCGGAGGCUAGAUCUGGAUUGAGUAGUGCAUUAAAGGAAAAAGGAGCGGAGCAGAUUAGUGCGGAUUAUGCAUGGUCUGUCUGCCUCAUGGCCAAAUUGAGGUCGAUUUCGUUCUUGAAGAAGAAAGAUGGCUCAAGAACAGAAAGGCUUGUCGCGAGCAUGGACCAAGAUGUAAAUUGCAGUAGUACGUAAUGUGCAGCGGGGAACGAUCCGGGGGCUCGAUCGCUCAAUUGAUCGAGAAGGAGAAGAAGGAGAGAAUACCGAUGCUUUUAUUGACCCCACGGGCUCUGGGUUGGCGCAACUCGUUGCCAGUGCUUGGGGGCAGCGAGGAAGCUCCAAGAUCGGCGUCCAUU